GCCCCCCUUCCUGUACUGUAUCCACCCGCGGCAUAUUCAGCUGUCUCCGCCGGUUAUUUUUAGGUUAAAUUCUAAAAUAAAUUCAAGAAAGCAGCGGAGGUACUCACAUGGUUAUGAAACAAUAAGAGAGAUUCUGUCGCCUGCUGAGCGCCAGAUUAAACUGAACCAUGUCAGGCGACGUACAACCAAGGAAGCGUAAGGAUAAGAAGAGGAAAAAAGAUGAUUUGGGAGUAGAUGAGCCGCGCGGGACGGCGGCGGCGCUCGGCGAGGGGGACGUGUUUAUUCACUCGCAGCAUGACCACGGCACCGGAGGCCACUGGUGUGCCAAAAUCAUAUUCUUCUCUCUCCUAUUUGUGCUGAUUGGGCUCAUUGGACUUAUUAUACUCGAAAACCGUGGCCUAUCUGAAUUGGAAGCAAACUCAGUACAGUCCCAAUACUCUGGAGUGCUAGAGGGGUGGCUGGAAGACGCUCCAGACGAUGAUCACCAUGAUGAGCACACACUGGAACUGAAGCAUCACGAUGAUCAUGACGAGGCAGAGCACAGUGAAGAAGCAGGUGAUGAUGAACAUGACGAUGAUCACGAUGAUGAUGAAGACCGUGGUGAUGACGAUGAUGAUGAUGAAGAUGAAAAUCAUGAUGAUAAUGAUGAUGAAGGAAAUGAGGAGGAACUUCAAGAGGAUGAGAACGAUGAUGAUCAAGGAAAUCAAGAUGACGAUGAAGAUCAAGACGAUAACGACAGUGCUGAACAGGGUUUAGAAGAUAAUGAUGAGGAUGAAGAUCUCGUAUAUAGGAAUUAUUAUCAAGAAGAUGCGGCCGAACCUGAUGACGAUGAUGAUGACGAUGAUAACGCAGAUGAUGACAAUGAUGAUGAUGAUGAUUUAAAGAACGAAGAUAAUGAUGAAGAUGAACUACUUAGCAAUGAAAUCGAACAAAAUGACGAAAAUGACGAUGGUGAUGAUGAUGAUUUAAAGAACGAAGAUAAUGAUGAAGAUGAACUACUUAGCAAUGAAAUCGAACAAAAUGAUGAAAAUGACGAUGGUGAUGAUGAAAAUAAUCAGAGUAUCGAACAGGAUGAUGAUAAUGAUGACCAGGACGAAAAUCGUGAUAACGGAGAAAGCAAUGAACAAAACAAUGAGGAUGAAGAAGAGCACGAGGAAGAAGAAGAAGAAGACCAGUCUCUAGAAGUAGAAAAGAUAGAGAAGGAAGCUCCUGAGGACGAGGAGCCCAUCGACGUGGAGCUGCCCGCCUUGCCCGAGGAGGAUGAUGAUGAUGAUGAUGAUAAGGACCAAGGAUCCGUCGAAGACGCAGGCCAAGACGCCGACGACGGCAAUGAUGAUGAUGAUGGCGAUGAUGUUGACAACGACGAUAAUGGUGAUGACAACGCCAGCGAGCCCGACGAUGACUUCCUAGAGGCUGAUGAUGAUGAACCACCGGUGGAACGGAUAACAGCACCGUCUGGGAAGCCUUUCGAUGAGGUGGAGGACGAACCUUCCACUGAGAAGCCGACCGACACGCUAGAAGAGGAGGAAGAGUACGAGAAGCGCCAGGAGCAGCUUCGCAAGGAGGAAGCGGAGGCCUCGCAUAUGUGGCUGAAGCUGAGCAUUGGGGGCGCCCUGCUGGUGGCCACGCACGCGAUCGUACGCCGCGCUACCGCUUCCAGUGAUGUGGCACCAUCUGAAGACGCUAGAGAAGCGACGCCGUCUAUAGACCGACGCAUGACCCUCAUUCCAGAGGAACCUUCUGAACCUGUUCCGAUAAAAAAGGUGUCGCAAGAAAGUUCUCGACCGAUACCUUCUAUAACAAGAAAAUCGCCUACGUUUGAAGAAAGUGAGGAAGAGGAAGAACCUGUCACCUCUAAAGUUCAAACAAUUAAAGAAGAAGAAAGAAGGGAACUUUACAGCGACGAAGAAGAAGAGGAGGAAGAAGAAGAACCAAUCAUUCAAAAGAAAGUAGCUCCCGCUGCUUCUAAACCAAAAGAACCAACCCGACCAUCUAAAGAACCAACCCCACCAUCUAAAGAGGCAACCCCAGAAGAAGACGUCCCAGACGACGUGGAGAUAAUCGACGACGAGCAAAUCGAGGAGGAAGAGGAAGUGGACGAGGAGGAAAUAUCGGACGUGGACGACGAGGAGCUGCUGACGCGGCUCGAGGCCAAAUACGGACGGCUGCCGGAGCCCGAGCGGCCCGCGAGACGCAAGGACGGUGGGAACAGUUUAGAGGAGGGAUGGCCGGGCGAGCCCGCCGACGCCUACUGGCGCCAGCACCUCGAGGACGCUGAGCGAGAGUUCAACCAGGGCGCUCUGAUGGCGGCGGCGGAUCGUGCAAGCUCGGCGCAACUCAAAACUAGCGCCCGCGCCCGUUGGAUAGUGGCCAAAUCCUUGGAUGCCGCGGCGGAGAGGAAAAGAGACAACGCGCUACUUGGACGAGCGAUAGCAGCGUACCUUGAGUUGCUUAAGAUGAAUGAACGGCUAUCGGAUAAGAAAUUAAUUGAGAUUGCAGAGAGAACUAUUAACAGGAUACAGUUUAGAGGUACCUACCUCAGUGCGGAGCCGGUCUAUCGCCUGCUCAUCCGCCGGUUCCCGGAUGAGCCUUCCCACAGGACCAAUUUAACUGUCAUGUUCCUGAUGGCCAAUAGAGGCGACCUAGCCGAAGAAGUGCUCAAAGAGACCCUCAAACGCUGGCCCAAUGACCGCCUCGCCCUCGCCCAAUACGGCUUCAUCCUCAAAACCCAGCACAACCGCCUCGAGGAAGCCUUACACCACUUACAAAAGGCUUUAGAAGGUGACACCGGCCCCGCCACCGAACCUAGAUUCUACUACCAUUUGGGAGAUACCUUAUUAUUGCUAGGGCGGUUCGAAGAAGCCCACGAGGUUCACAAAAGAGGCGCAGCACACGGGCAUUUCCUUUCACCCGCACAGCGCUCUCUAUAUAACGUCCCUAGGCUAAAAGGCCGACCCUGGUGGAACAUAGAAGACACACCUUACAUCAAACUAGCGCGCGACUUAGAGAAACACUGGAAGGAGAUCUUAAAAGAAGGAGAAGCCGCGAAAGCUUUAUAUGAGCAGGAGAAGGAAGGUCUGAAAGAGAGGGGAGAGUGGUCGCAGUUAGAUUUGUUCGUGAGAGGGAGGGAGAUAGACGGUCGGUGCGCGCGCGCGCCUGUUACGUGCGCAGUGGUGCGGCGGGAGGUAGCGGCGGCUGGCUGUCGGCGCGGACAGAUAAAAUUCAGCUCUAUGCGCGCCGGCACGCACGUGAGGCCUCACGUCGGUCCCACCAACUGCCGGCUCAGGAUGCACCUGGGCCUCAGCAAUACCAAAGAUACCUUUAUACGCGUUCAUAAGGAGACAAGGCAGUGGCAGACAGGCAAGGUGUUCAUGUUCGACGACAGCUUCGAGCAUGAGGUGUGGCACAACGGCACCGGCUCGCGACUUGUACUCAUAGUCGACGUGUGGCACCCCGAGCUCACAGCCGCCGAGCGGAGACAACUGCCGGCCAUAUAGACUCAACCUAGCCGAGUAUGAGACUGUGAGCACGAGGUGUGGCACAACGGCACCGGCUCGCGACUUGUACUCAUAGUGGACGUGUGGCACCCCGAGCUCACAGCCGCCGAGCGGAGACAACUGCCGGCCAUAUAGACUCAACCUAGCUAAGUACGAGACUGUGAGCAUGAGGUGUGACACAACGGCACCGGCUCGCGACUUGUACUCAUAGUGGACGUGUGGCACCCCGAGCUCACAGCCGCCGAGCGGAGACAACUGCCGGCCAUAUAGACUCUACCUAGCUAAGUAUGAGACUGUGAGCACGAGGUGUGACACAACGGCACCGGCUCGCGACUUGUACUCAUAGUGGACGUGUGGCACCCCGAGCUCACAGCCGCCGAGCGGAGACAACUGCCGGCCAUAUAGACUCAACCUAGCCGAGUACGAGACUGUGAGCACGAGGUGUGGCACAACGGCACCGGCUCGCGACUUGUACUCAUAGUCGAUGUGUGGCACCCCGAGCUCACAGCCACCGAGCGGAGACAACUGCCGGCCAUAUAGACUCAACCUAGCCGAGUAUGAGACUGUGAGCACGAGGUGUGGCACAACGGCACCGGCUCGCGACUUGUACUCAUAGUCGACGUGUGGCACCCCGAGCUCACAGCCGCCGAGCGGAGACAACUGCCGGCCAUAUAGACUCAACCUAGCUAAGUACGAGACUGUGAGCACGAGGUGUGGCACAACGGCACCGGGUCGCGACUUGUACUCAUAGUGGACGUGUGGCACCCCGAGCUCACAGCCGCCGAGCGGAGACAACUGCCGGCCAUAUAGACUCAACCUAGCCGAGUAUGAGACUGUGAGCACGAGGUGUGGCACAACGGCACCGGCUCGCGACUUGUACUCAUAGUCGACGUGUGGCACCCCGAGCUCACAGCCGCCGAGCGGAGACAACUGCCGGCCAUAUAGACUCAACCUAGCUAAGUACGAGACUGUGAGCAUGAGGUGUGACACAACGGCACCGGCUCGCGACUUGUACUCAUAGUGGACGUGUGGCACCCCGAGCUCACAGCCGCCGAGCGGAGACAACUGCCGGCCAUAUAGACUCUACCUAGCUAAGUAUGAGACUGUGAGCACGAGGUGUGACACAACGGCACCGGCUCGCGACUUGUACUCAUAGUGGACGUGUGGCACCCCGAGCUCACAGCCGCCGAGCGGAGACAACUGCCGGCCAUAUAGACUCAACCUAGCCGAGUACGAGACUGUGAGCACGAGGUGUGGCACAACGGCACCGGCUCGCGACUUGUACUCAUAGUCGAUGUGUGGCACCCCGAGCUCACAGCCACCGAGCGGAGACAACUGCCGGCCAUAUAGACUCAACCUAGCCGAGUAUGAGACUGUGAGCACGAGGUGUGGCACAACGGCACCGGCUCGCGACUUGUACUCAUAGUCGACGUGUGGCACCCCGAGCUCACAGCCGCCGAGCGGAGACAACUGCCGGCCAUAUAGACUCAACCUAGCCGAGUACGAGACUGUGAGCACGAGGUGUGGCACAACGGCACCGGCUCGCGACU